CUAUGGGACGAUGGGAUAUAUUGGUGUUGGUAUGCGUGAGUGUGGCUGUUGUUAUGUUCUGGGGAGAUAUAUAGCGAGCUAAGGUAUCAAAAUUGUUAAAAUAUAGUUUAGUGCAAACUGGUGAUUUUUUCCUACUAAAAACAAACGCCAGUUUCUUGGAUGAUACAUUUAUUAAAUCGUAACUAGACGACAAUCGUUGUUAACAGUGCUCAAUAUGCAACAGCCACAGGGAAGCACACCAAAUGACCUGAGGUCUCUAUUGGAGUCAGGGUUGGGUGCUGACGUCUCGUUGGUGGCUGCAGAUGGCCAGUUGGGGGCCCACAGCUCGGUGCUGGUGGCUCAGAGCUCCGUGUUCGACGCGUUACUCCGCCGGGGGAAAGAGUUAAUCUUUAUCUCCGACAUGCCUGUGGAUGUGGUGCAGCAGUUGCUGACCUUCUUGUACACGGACGAGGUACCGCAGCUGCAGAGUGUAGCACCCCAAUUGCUGGUGCUCGCAGACAGAUAUGAGCUGCACGUGCUGAAGGAGAUGUGCGAGCAGCAUCUGGUCAAGGAUUUAUGUGUGGAGAACACUGUGCCGUACUGCGUGCUCGCCCUGCGGUACUCAUGCCCACACCUCCGUAAGGCGGCCAUUGAAUACUUUGCAAGGAACGCUCUGCCAGUGCUGGGCUCUCAGGGGUGGGUCCAGGAGCUGAGGAAAGAUCCAAGGCCGCUGGUGGAGAUAUCCCGCCUAGUGGCCUCCCAUGCGAUUACGGAAGCCAGUGUGGAAGAAUUGGGGAAACUGCUGGCCAGCGGGAUUCGGAUGGAUGAAGAAAAGAUCUCUACUUGAUGGGGAAAAUGUGAUUUCAAAAAGAUGUCAUCUGAAGCAGAUGUGUAAUGUGUUUGGAUUACUCCAAUAUAAUGGCAGAUGCUUGGUAACAGUUCAGGUGACAUGAAAAUAAAGUUCUAAUAGAUGCUAUUGAUUUUUACUAAAAGCUGAACAGUGACUACACAAGACUGGAAUUUCUCUUCACAGGCAAGUUGUGCCAAAAUAUAUUACAAUGACUGAGGAACUUGAUUUAAACAGUUUUUGUAUAAUGCAUUGUUAUGUAAUAAAUGUAUGAAUUUUCAA